AUGCUGCCGGUGUUAGGAGUCAAGUCUCUGUCUUCAUAUGCUCUUGCGUAUUUGGAAAGGCUUCUCUUACUUCAUGCAAACCUCACAAAGGGCUUUGGCAUCAUGGGCCCUAAAGAGUUCUUUCCUUUACUGGACUUUGCCUUCAUGCCUAAAAACGCCCUGUCAUCGAGUUUGCAGGAGCAGCUGCGGCGGCUUUACCCUCGGUUAAAGGUCCUGGCGUUCGGAGCAAAGCCAGAGUCCACGCUGCACACGUACCUGCCGUCGUUUCUGUCCCGGGCCACGCCGCACUGUCCUGACGACAUGAAGAGAGAGCUCCUGUGCAGUAUGACCGAGUGCUUGCGUGUGGAUGCACAGAGUCUGGGAGUUUGGAGACAGCUUUACACUAAACACUUACCACAGUCCAGUCUGCUGUUGAACCACUUACUGAAGUCCUGGAAGACCCUCCCACCAAAGCUGAGGAAAAACCUUGGAGAAACUAUCCAGUCCUUCAGAGUGACAAAUGAGGAGAUGAAGGGCAGCAUCGAGUCUGAGGAGCUCCAAGAAUGUAGUCAUCUUUGUCAGAAUCUAGAAGUGAAGAUGAAAGGCCGAGGGUUCCCAUGGUCCAAACUCUUCAUGGUUCUGUUGGUGUUUGUUGCUGGUUUCAUCACACACGACAUCCGCUCACACGGAUCUUUCACCGAUUCCACAACUGCUGCGUUGUGUAAAAACUCGGGCGUCACUGCAGUUUCUCAACAAGUCUGGGCCAAAGUCUCAGUUUAUUCAAAAGAAAGUUUCAGCUGGUUGGAGAAGAACACUCCUCAUUAUUAUAGUGAGUGUGUGCGAGUCCUGGGCCCGGUCCUGGACCAGGGUCUGGAGACCACCAAGACUGCAGCUCUUUACGUCUCCGAAAAUACAACAACGUUUAUUCUGUGGCUGCGACAGACGACACCGCUGGUCCUGGACUGGAUGGUGGAGAAGACUCCUGACAGUGUGUUCAGAGCUCUAGAGUUCCUCUCAGAGCUGCUGCUCUUCCUUCAUCAGAACUACAUCCUUCCUGCUCUCGCUCAUGUGUCUGAGCUGCUGCAGCGAGCCUGGGCCGCUCUGCAGCACUCCUGCAGCGGUGAGGUGUCGGUGUCGUGUCUUCAGGAUCACGCUGUGUCCUUCACUAACUCCACCUGGAAACUACUGCAGCAGACCACCUCCAGCAUCACGACCUGGGCCCAGCAACUGCUCACACCCGCCUGA